CACGCAGCUAACAUGGCGGUAAGUUCGUACGCUCUCUGUUUUCAUUCAAAAAUAUCCCCACACGUGCUCCGAUAAACAUCCACGAGCAUGUGUGCAGCCGGUGACUGUCGACUCCUAACAAGACCUGAGGAUAAAGAAAAGAAGAAGAAGGAGAGCAUCUUCGACUUGUCCAAAUACAUCGACAAGCCGAUUCGGGUGAAGUUUCAAGGAGGACGAGAGGCCAGCGGUGUCCUGAAAGGUUUUGACCCUCUGUUGAACCUGGUGCUGGACGGCACAAUCGAGUACAUGCGAGAUCCAGAUGACCAGCUGAAGCUGACAGAAGACACCAGGCAGCUGGGGCUGGUGGUCUGCAGAGGAACCUCCGUAGUGCUUAUCUGUCCUCAGGACGGCAUGGAGGCUAUACCAAACCCUUUCAUUCAGCAGCAGGAUGGCUAACACACUUUCUCACCUGCUGAGUUACAUUGUGUCUCACACACACAAACACAUGAACACCAUGCACACACGAUGUUUUGUGGAGUUUUUUUGUUUUAUUCUUUUUUAAAAUAUAUAACUAAUAAUGGGUAAAACAAAGCAAAUUUCUGUUGUUUAAAAAUCAUAAGUUGAUCAGCAAGAAGGACACUUUAAAGCACUUCACUUGUGCUUCUGUCUGUGAUGUGCAAGUUUGCAAAGAUUUGAGUUUUCAUGAGCCCACAAGUUUUGGGAAGUGUUAACAAUACUGUUUUCUUUUUAUCCAGAAUAAUUCAACUUUUUACUAUUCUUUGUUGUUUUUGAUAAGAAAAUAAAAUGAAAAUGUAUGUUG